GCUUCCUUGCGUGUGUUGGAUUGAAGACCUCACGCGCACUUUACUUGACGUUUCUGCACUUUUACACGUUAUUAGCGGCAGAAACACGUCGGUUUCCUCUCACGUCACAUUCACGUACAAUGUGCUGAAAUCUGGUAUUUUGGUGGACGUUUCGUCUUCUAGCAUUCUGAGCCGUGUGAAGUGCAGAGGCUCGAUGAAGGACGUUUGGUGAACAAAAUAAUAAAAUGUGACAAUGUCACGGCAACGUUCGAGAUCCCCUCUGCAUCCAAGAACCUCGUCUCUGCUCGGAAGGCGAGAUGGAUAUUACGGUGAGCAGUACCAUGCAACGGUGCGUUCUGAUCUGUGGAGAGGUUCGGAAAAUGUCAACAGAAACGCGGAAAACGCCGCACGCUGGGAUAACGGUUCCUCUCAAGCAGAGGAACAGGUUGACCACUGGGCUAAGUUCAUCGAGGCCAUCGAUCGUGCUGAAAAGCGGAAAGCUUCUUCCGUGAGGUACCACUCACAGGAUGGCAUCCAGGCUUUUAACCAGGACUCGGCACGCUCUCCGAGACAGCUGCCCAUGGAGAGAUUGUCUUCUCCAGAAGCUUUACUCUACAGCAUAGACACGCAUCCGAGGAUUCAGUCUCCAGGCCAUAGGAGGAACGAGCAUGAUGAUGCACAUGUAGACAGACGCUAUUCAAGAAGUUCCAGUCCCAGGCAUUCACAAGGAAAGAGAAACGACAGAAUGGACCAUCGAUAUCAUAACGAAGAACGCGAAGAUAAAUAUGAAAGAAGCUCCUAUAGUGAGAGGUCACUGAAGUCAAAUUAUACGGAGCAUCAACUACAUUUUAAACGAUUCCAAGAUUUGGAUGCGCAGGAGGAAUAUACUGUGUCACACAGGGGUUUGAGCCCAAAUUGUGCCCCUGUUAUUGUGGAGCAUGAUCAUGGAAUCCCUAAGCACGAUGCAAGGAUCCACAAUCCAGGUAGGGAACGAGAGCGACCUACAAGCCGUGAUCCAGCAAGGGAGCGAGGGGAUCCACGGAACCAUGAUCCGAGCAGGGGCCGAGAGCGUCCGAGGAGUCGUGAUCCGGGUAGGGAGAGAGAGCACACAAGAAUGGGUGACCCUGUUAGAGUCCAGGAGCAUCUGAGGAACCCCGAUUCAGUUGCCCAACGAGAGCAUUCAAGGAGCCGUGAUCCAGGAAGGGACCGGGAGUACCCAAGGAGCAGUGGUCCAGUCAGGCACCCAGAGCAUGUAAGGAGCCAUGGUCCAGUUAGGGACAGAGACCAUUCAAGGAGCUCUGAUCGUCUGAGAAGCGGUGAUCAUCUACCAAGAGCCCGAGAUUAUCCAAAAAGCAGUGAACCACAAAGGGGCAGAGAUCCCACACUGGGAAGUGAAUCAUCAAGGAACAACGAAUUCUGUAAACAUGGAAGGGAUUAUAACCAUCAACCACAAACAUCCCACGAUAAUCCUAGUGGUCCAUCAAAUUAUCACGUAAGGGAAGACGCAAGAUUCUCUUCAGCUGUAAGAGGAAGUCCCUUACGAGGCAUGCGACAUCAGAAGGAGCAGCCUCGGGUCGAAUCACUCUUAAGAGCGCCCCAUGGACAACGGGCAGCGGACGAUCGUGACUUCAGAUUGGAUGAGAGCAAUCGGGCAAGACCUUACACUAGUGACUGGGAGGAAGAGACGCAACCUAGAGGUGGUGUGCUGGGGCAAGGAAAUGUUCAGAAAGGAGAUCCUCAACAUAGGAACCCCAAUCAUCCUGGAGCUAGAAUGGAUUUUGCCAGUCAUGAGACUCUCAAGAUCAAAGUGGACAUGAGUCGUCCUGUGGGCCAAAGCAGCCACUUGGGCUAUUCCAAUGAAAGGCAGUUAUCACUUGAUUUGGUCAAUGUGGGUCGACAGCGUCUUGACUUCCUGCCUCUGCUGGAGCAUUCUGGGAUGUUUAGGGAGAUGGCGAUGCACUCUGGGACCUUCGCCCAAGAGAUAAUCACUUUGGUGCAUCACGUCAAAGAAAACUAUUUUCAAGGUCAAGGCAUCACACUGAACGAACGCUUCUCUAACGAACAAGAGUAUUCGUUGACGGACGAGUUUGCAGACGAAGAGCAGGAGACGGAGGGCGCCGGGCCCGUUGUGAACAGGCCACUCGGGUCCACAUCUCUAGACACGCAGAUUUUCUGCAAAAUCGAGCAGAUGCAGUCACAGAGGAAGCCACAUGUUCCUGCUCCUGGUGACCUCCGGCAUGACCUGGAAAGGAAAAGACUGGAGAGACUAGAAGGUGUGAAGAUCACGAUCGCCGGUGGGAGCUUCUCUCAGAUACUGCCUCAGAGUCAGGAGAACGAGUCUGCAUACGCAGUCGACAAAAACCCUCGUGAAGCAUCAUGGGGCGAGGAGGUUCCUCAGCCACCGGAGCGCUGGCAGGACGAACUACUUCAGAAAAGACCUCAAAAUUUCAACUCCAGACGGAAUUUUAAACGUGCCCGCAAUCGGCACGGCGCGCGCUCGAAGAAGAGCACAAAUAACGGUGCCCAGUGGUGAGGAACGGGACAGAAGUGAAGCUCCCGCGUCGUAAACGACGAGUACUUUCUCAUAGCUCUGUACGUGAAAGACUUCCGUCAUUCAUGUGAAAUUUCACUGUACGUCUUCAUGAAUAAAAAUGUUUUCACACUUCGUUCAUCAGCGUCUUGAGAGAAUCUGCACGGUGUAGUGUUUUUUUUUUUUUUUUCUCCUCUUAUUCAUUCUCAGCUCCAUUUAAAUCCAUACGAUGUAUACAUCAUUUUUAUCUGCUGCAUUAACAUAGGACAAGUUCACUGAUAUGUUAGUUAUAUUCACCAAAUUAUUCGAUAAUUAUGUUCAUGAUAUUAUGCAGAAACAUUGUUUAUAUUAAAGCAAUUACUUUCGAUGAGGAAUAUUUUGUCGAGGUGCUUUCUGUGCCUUAUCGUUCGCCGUCUUUUAAUCAGUUUUAAGUAAAACGUCCGUGUGUUUGUCGUAAAAGCUUCAUCUGAAGUUGUACAUAUAGUUUUAUAUGAAAUCAAUAAAUAAUUAAUAACCAA